AUGACUGAGAUAGAUAUGGUGGUGACUGAGAUAGAAGUGGUGGUGGUGACUGAGAUAGAAGUGGUGGUGACUGAGGUAGAGGUGGUGGUGACUGAGAUUGAAGCGAUGGUGACUGAGACAGAAGUGGAAGUGGUAACUGAGAUAAAAGUGGUGGUGACUGAGGUAGAAAUAGGUGUGGUGACUAAGGCUCUGGACACUAUACCUGUGACCCGGGCUUUGACCACGGUACCUGUUGUCCAGGCUCUGGCCACGGUACCUGUUGUCCAGGCUCUUACCACUCUACCUGUUGUCCAGGCUCCAGCCACUGUACAUUUUGUCCAGGCUCUGGCCACCGUACCUGUUUUCCAUGAUCUAGCCACUGUACCUUUUGUCCAGGCUCUAGCUUCUGUACCUUUUGUCCAAGCUCUGGCCACCGUACCUGUUUUCCAUGAUCUAGCCACUGUACCUUUUGUCCAGGCUCCAGCCACUGUACCUGUUGACCAGGCUCUGGCCACGGUACCUGUUGUGCAGGCUCUAGCCACUGUACCUGUUGACCAGGCUCUGAUCACUGUACCUGUUGUCCAGGCUCUGACCACGGUACCUGUUGUGCAGGCUCUAGCCACUGUACCUGUUGACCAGGCUCUGGCCACUGUAUCUGUUGUCCAUGAUCUAGCCACUGUACCUUUUGUCCAGGCUCCAGACACUCUACCUGUUGUACAGGCUCUAGCCUCUGUACCUUCUGUCCAGGCUCCAGACACUCUACCAGUUGACCAGGCUCUGACCACUGUACCUGUUGUCCAUGAUCUAGACACUGUACCUUUUGUCAAGGCUCUGGCCACUCUACCUGUUGUACAGGCUAUGGCCACUGUACCUGUUGCCAAGGAUCUAACCACUGUACCUUUUGUCCAGGCUCUGGCCACGGUACCUGUUUUCCAGGCUCUGACCACUGUACCUGUUGUCCAGACUCUGGCCACGGUACCUAAUGUCCAUGAUCUAGCCACUGUACCUGUUGGUGAGACUCUGACCACUGUACAUAUGGCGCGGGCUUUGGCCACGGUACCUGUUGUCCAGGCUGUAGCCACUUUACCUGUUGCCAGGGCUCUGACCACUCUAUCUGUGGCCCGGGCUCUGGCCACGGUACCUGUUGCCAAGAAUCUAGCCACUGUACCUGUUGUCCAGGUUCUGGCCACUGUACCUGUUGUCCAGGCUUUGGCCACGAUAGCUGUUGUCCAGGCUCUGGCCACUCUACCUGUUUUCCAGGCUCUAGCCACUGUACCUGUUGUACAGGCUCCAGUCACUGUACAUGUGGCCUGGGCUCUGGCCACUGUACAUGUGGCUGUACCCGUGGCACAUUGGUAUCGUUCAAGUUUGCAGUGUCGACCAAUAAAAUGUUCACUGGUCUCCGCGAGCAAUAAAACGAAACCACCGAGGAGAAAUGUAACGAAAUGCUUUGGAAUGAACUGA